UCUUCCUAUGUGGGGAGAGAGAGACAGACCACGUGAAGCGGGCGUCGGGCACGGAUAACAAAAGUUUUACCUUCGUGCGCCCGCCUGCUUUACGGGGAGAUAUUAAAACAAGACGUUGGAAAAGAUACAAUCUAACGAACUGUGCUCGCAGAGAGGGGGGCCCAGUCGUAUCGUACGGACCGUACAUGUACAUAACGCGGGGCAGCCCACCGCUAAUUGUCCGCAGCGUAUGUUGAAGCCCCGACGUUCGCCUGCAUUCCUGCGCCAGGAGACGAGUCGCGAUGAUGGGCGAGGGACACCUUGGAUCGGGCCGGCCAACAAGGCAGGAGAAACCUGCGACGGGCAACGUUUGAAAGUUAAAGAAGGGGGCCUUCGUCCGUCCUCCCCACCCGCUUGUGUCCCCCCCGGUCUUCGGGACUGGGUGUCGCAUGCGCAGUCGGGGGGGGGGGGAGGAGGAGGCUGGGUGGCUCGGGGUAGUUGUGGAGCCCUGCCCGGGGUGGGAGCGUGGAGACACGGAGCGGUCCGUGUUGGGGGCCGACAAGGCGGCCAGAGAGAACAGGCGAGCACGAGGUCCUUCGUAGGAGGCUAGGCCUUUGUGCCUCCUCCUCCUCCUCUGGCCGCUUUGUGAGGCUACGCACGGGGGAGUCGGGCUUGGUUAGCGGGGCUGAGAAGAGAUUGCGGCAUUCGAGAGUUAGCGGAGAAGUCUUCUUCACCCGUCCGGGGGGGCCCCAACCCAGCGGGAGCCGCAGCUAUGGAGGAGCAGUCGCUCAUUGACAGUGGCCUGUCGCUGCCUGCGAUGCCUCUGGACACCGAUCUGGUCGCGUUGCAGAAAAACAUCCAGGCCACGUCUAUCGGCCAAACCGCAAGAUCAAAAAUUGAAUCCAUUCUGCAAGAAGUCCAUAAGUUCACGGACAAUGAGAAGCUCUACCUCUAUCUUCAACUACCUUCGGGUCCCAGCAAUGGGAUUAAGCACGAACACAGCAAGAUGACUGCCAGCCGCGCGGACCAGAUGCAGGCAUUCUCAUGGAUUCGCCAGCACCUGGAGGAGCACAACGACACGUCCCUGCCCAAGCAGGAGGUUUACGACGAGUACAAGGGAUACUGCGAAAACCUCGGCCACCGGUUCCUGAGUGCGGCCGAUUUCGGGAAGCUCAUGAAGAACGUCUUCCCGAAUAUGAAGGCUCGCCGCCUCGGCACACGCGGCAACUCGAAGUACUGCUACAGCGGGCUCAGGAAGAAGGCUCUCGUGCAGACGCCGUCCCUGCCGAGCCUCGAGGUUGGCAAGAAGGGAGACCCGAACGAGUGCAGCGACGGUGGCGCCGGCGGCGCCGGCGGGCAGGCCGAGUGCCUGGAGCAGCAGAUAGUGGGGGCGGCCUGCAGCCUGGUGUGCGAGUGGGCCCAGAAGGUGCUGAGCCGGCAGUUCGACACGCUGCUCGACCUCGCACAGUACCUCGUCAACAACAGCUGCGUGCCGCGCAAAACGUCCUACGCCCUCGUCGUCAUGUCGCCCUCCGCAGCCGGCCUCAAGCACUCCUCCCUGUGCCAGCCGUCGGCGUUCUUCAAGCCGUCCGAUGGCUCCACGAUCCAGCUGGGCGCCGUGCCCGGCGCUGGGCCGCCCGUCACGGCAGGAGGAGGUGGUGGUGGUGGUGGCGGCAGUGCCGCCAUCGGGAGCGAUGCCAAGCAGCAGUUGCAGCGCAAGAUUCAGCAGAACUCUCUCAAGCGGCAGCAAGAGCCUAAGCAGCAGCAGCUGACCAAUGCAUCGCUGAAGGUGGGCGGUGGUAGUGGUGGCGGCGGCGGCAGCGGCGUGGGGGCACAGCCCAGGACGAGGACCCCGCAGGUGACCGCCGCGGUGGCCCAGCCCGCGCCGGCGGCGGUGCCGGCCGGGCACUCGGGCGGCACCACAGAGGCCUCGCUGGCGGCGAAGGGGCGGCCCCCGCCGGGCGACGUGGGCGUGCGCGCCACCUGCGGAGUCGUCAACAACGCCACCUGCGCCAGCCCGAUGAUGCUGUCGCCGUCCAUCAACUUCGUGCUCACCGCCAUCCCCAGCAACUUCCAGGUCAAGUCCACCAAGUCUCUCGUGCCUCCGCAGAGCCCGGUCCUCACUCCCGAAGCGAAGCGCCUUCCCCAGAACGUGCAGGUGGUCGCACAGCACAUGCAGCUCGUCCAGCAGCAGCAGCAACAGCAGCAGCAGCAAAACAACGGCGGCACCAACGGCGCCGGCAGCAACGGCAGUGUGACGCCGUCCAUCCUGUCGAGCAGCCCGAUCGGAGACCGCGUGGGCAAACCGCGAUACCCGCAGAUCCUUCCCAAGCCGCUGGCGCCGGCGGGCUCGUCGGGCGGCUCCAUCCAGAUCAGCACGUCCACGACGGCCGUCAUCCUGACCCGCAGCAGCCCCGUCAAGCCGCCAGCGGUGUCCUCCGCGGCCUUCUCGUCGUCGUCGUCGUCUUCGACGUCGUCUCUGUCGUCGUGCUCCUCGUCCUCCUCCUCGUCCCCGUGCGUCGCCGCCUCCGUCGCCGCUUCGGCGCAGUCGCCCAAGCCGAACCACGGCGGCACGGUGCAACAGCAGCAGCAGCAGAUCGGCAUCGUCAACAUGAUCGUGACGGCGGCGGCGGCGGCGCAGGGCAAGGCGCACACCGGCAACACGCUCCGCAUCGUGGAGUGCUCGGCCGGCGUUGGCGGCAGGGCAACGGCGGCCGCGGUGGCCGAGGGCGCCUCCGGCUCCAGCUCGGCUCCGUGCUCGCGUGCCCCCACGCCCGGCGCGCCGAGGUCGGCGGAGGCGAAUCGCGACGGCCCCUCGCCCGGCGGCGCCGAGCAGAAGCGCACGCUCGUGCCGCGGCCGGCGUCGCGUGCGCUGCCCGCCUGGGCGGAGAGGGACAAGGCGUCGGCCGGCGUCGCCGCCGCCGCCGCCGCCUCCCCCGUCGAGGAGGAGCGGCGGGGGGCUGUGGGACAGCCCAACGGGCCCCUGGCGUGCCGGCUCCCGUCGACCGGCGCUAAGAAGCAGUGCGGCGGAGCCGUGCGCAGGUCGCCCACGGUGAAGGCGACGGCCCGGAGGAGCGCGCCAAAGAGUCCGCGCAAGCGCCUGACGGAGCCGAUGAACUUGCAGCAGCAGGCGUCGCCGGUCAAGCGAGCCAUGCGUGCGUGGGCCGCGCCCGCGGACGGCGGCAGCGGCGGCAGCAUGGCACAGGAUGGUGCAGACAUCCCCGUGGCCAACAACGCCAGCGCACCUGCUGCUGCUGCUGCUGCUGCUUCUGCAGCCACCACCUGCCCCUCGCCCAGCGUAGCGCCGGGUGGCGGCACUGGCGGCGGCGGCAGUGGCAGAGCGUCCGUGCCGUUCGUGGUCUCCGUGUCGCUCGCGCAGCAGGACGACGCGUCUCGCAGCGAGGCGGCCGGCGCGGGGAACCUGAAGCGAGAGUCCGCGGAGGCGCCGUCGCCGCCACCGUCGCAGCCCAAGGUGCAGAAGGUGCUGUCGCCGGAGCCUGCGCCGGCCCCUUCGGCGCAGCCCCGCAGCCCGGUCCGGGACGAGAACCUCCGGCUCGCCGAGCCGCACGACCAAACGGCGGCGGCCGCGGCGGCGGCGGCGCUGCUGGCGGCCGUUGCGUCGCGCAGCGCGUCGAGCAAGCUGUUCGAGACGCAGGCCGGCGCGGCGGGAGGAGCGUACGGGGGGGGCGGCUGGCCUUACCCGCACGGCGACGACGACGACGACAAGACGCGCGACAGCAUCGUCGAGGAGCUGGUCGAGCUGGAGGAGCAGAUGGCGCUGUCGAGCGCCGCGUCGCUCGCCUUCGGCGGCGCGGCGACGCCGUACGGCACGGGCGCCAGCACCACGCCGUGCCCGACCCCGACCCCCACGCCCACGCCGUCGCUCACGCCCACCCAGGAGCUGGUGUCGCUGCUGCAGGGGGCCGGCGCCGUCGGGACGCCGUGCUCGCGGCCCGGUUCGCGCAUCAUGCUGGUGGGGACGCCCGUGGAGGGGCCGGCCGCGACGGGCGGCGGCUGCGGCGGCGGGGGGUGUGGCAGCGGCCACUCGAGCAGCUGCGGGGGCAGCGUGCCGCCCAGCCCCGUGGACGGCCGCCACUCCUUCAUGUUCACGCCCAUCAACUCCGGCGCCGGCGUCUACCCCAACGGCGGCGGCGGCGGCGGCGGUGCCGGCGCGGCGUCGAGCGGCGUCCCCAAGCCCAUGCAGCGGCCCACGGCCACGCACGCCAGCCUGCCGUGGCUCAGCAAGCCGGAGGCCGGCGGCGGCGGCGGCGCCGGCGGCGUGGCCCAGGGCCUGCUGGCGGCGGACGGAGACGGCGCCAACAUCCUGCCGAGCUACCAGGAGUCGCUGGACAACAAGUUCAGCAAGUCGCACGCGUUCGGCGUCCCGGGGAUGUCGUCGGGAGCGCCGGCGCAGCGACAGUACCCCUGCGGCCAGGAGCCGAUGUCGGAAGCGCAUUUCUCCCUGUUGCACCAACAACACCAACAACAGCAACAACAGCAGCAGCAGCAACUGCACCGGCAGCUGCGGCCAUCGACAAUGGUGCUGACGAACGGCGGCGGUGGGCGUGGCGCGAGCGGCACGAGUGCCAACCUGCACGAGUCGUUCGCCGUACCCGCGCCGCUCGACGGCAAGGGCUCGGCCGGCGGCGGCAACUGCUCCCUGCUCUACCGCUGCCAGCACAGCCCCGCGGCACAGCGGCAGAGGAACCUGAGCGGCAGCCUGGGGCCCGUGCGAACCCGGCCCAGGCCCGGCGCGGCGUGCGGGGGGGCGCCCCUCACCGCCCUCUUCAACCAUGAGGUGCACGCGGCGUUCGCGGACCGCGGGGCGGCCGGCGGCGCGGGCGGCGGGGACGGCCCGGCCGGUGCGGCGGCGGGCCCCGGGCAGGCCGGGCGCAGUCACUCGGUGCCUCUGUCGGUGAUGAUGCAGACGCCCUUCUCCGCGACGUGCAGCAAGCACACGCCGACGUCGCGCAAGAUCGAGAACGUGCUGCUCAGCAAGCUGGAGGGGGCCGGCGGAGACGCGGGCCGCGGCAUCGGCAUCAACAGCCUCCCGUCCAACUACAGCGCGCGGCGCAAUCUCACGCAGAUGCUCGAGACGCCGCCGCCGCUGCUGCAGCACCAGCAGCUCCAGCAGCAGCAGCAGCCUGCCGUGCUGAGUCCUGGCCCCAGUCCCCACAGCCCCAGCCCCGUCGCCUUCAAGUUUCAGGAGCACGGUCACCACCACCACCACCACCAGCAUCACCAUCUGCAUCAUAUGCUUCAACAGCAGCAGCAGCAGCUGCAGGGAUUUUAUCAGAUGGGAGGCGGCGUACAGUGCCACGGGGUCACCGAGCAGAACGUGGCCGCGCUUACCCCGACGCCGACGCCCACCCCCACCGGCUUCGCCGCCACCGAAGACGACGACCACGUCGCGGCCCCGGCGUUCGCCGACUUCGUGUCGUCCCUUCAGGCUGCGCCGGACGGGCAAGCGGAGCCGGCCGCGGCGUGCGCCGAGAUGUACGGCGGCGGCGGCGGCGACCCGGAGCGCGGCGGCGUCACCGACGGCGGCGGGAACGGCGACGGAAGCGACGACGGCGGCGCGGCCAAAGCCGGAGCCGACUUCGUGACGGGCCUCGGGGGCAUCGGCGACCUGGACUCGAACCUGUUCUUCGAGCAGUGCAAGGCAAACUGCGCGGACGCGCCCGACGGCGAGACGACGAUGGUGGACAUCAACGACCCGAUCUUCCAGGAGCUGUGCCUGGAUCCUGGCGACGCCCUGAGCCCCGCCACGACGCAGGCGGUGGCCGCCUCCUCCUACGAGUGGAUGGACGGCAAGACUCAGACUAGCAUCGGCAGCAUGUGACUCGCGGGGGGGUGCGGCGAUGCCGUCGGGAGCAGGAGGAGGUUGUGUUGUCGUUGAUCGUUGUUGGUUGUGGUGGGGGGGGCGACGUGGGACACCUCCGCAGGAAGAGAGGGAGGCACCGUCCAAGACGGGUUUUUAAAUGCCCCCCUCCCCGAAGGCUUUGUUGCGCCAACACUGCACAUUAAGCGUUCGUGUUGUCAGUUUAACUGCUGUAAUUUGUUGUAUUUUACCUAGGGGGACAGACAGACUUGCUGAAUUUUUAGGAGUUGAAAUACCGAUUGGGAUUUUGGUCAGUUUAGGGUUUCUUUUUUUUAUUCAGUUGAAGUUGUUUUUACGUUUUGGUUUUUCUUGUGUCUGAGAGGAAAGUCGACUGGUCCAGAACGAAAAACAAAACCCGCACAUACGGUCAGAGAAUCGCUGAUGUCCGUACGCACAGUGGGCCACGUCACACGGUGUUUAGCAUCCAAAUUACACGGAGAGCGGUGCACUUUUGAAACUGUUAGCUUUGAAUAUCGGUGAAUUCAACAUUAGUUGCAGGCAACAAUCUGGCAUUUCUUAAUUAAUGUUAAAUGUCCGUGGCACCAUUUGCCGCAACUCUUCUCCCUUGUCAGUCGGUUUAACACGCAGGCUUCCCGCAUUCACUUCACUCAUUGUGCAAGGCACGUCGGAGUAAUUCACCGAUCUUUAUGAACACUCUUUGAUGUCCAAUGAAAUUGCGGUGCAAAGAGGGAGAGAGAGCGAAAACAACAAACCGCACGGAUGAAAUGCUGUGGGAUACGUGCUCGCUGUAACUGCCCCUCCAUGGCGUGUAGAUGCCCGUUCAACUUGGCUCCCAUCCCAAUCUGAUCCACCGCCCUGACCUCCGGGAUAGUGGACGGCCAUCCGGACGGUCAAGGCACGAUUCUGCGCGUCGCAAACCUCGGACGCGUCGUUAUUUGGUGGAAGGGGCACUCCACAUCUCUCACCCGUUGCGCGUCGUUAACCUGAUGCGCUUGGCCUGCAACCAGGCUGGCCGGGUAGCCGAUGUGGGAGGGGUGAGAUCGUGGCCGGGUUUUGCGCUGGCCACUGUUGGGGAAGGGAAGAAGUUGUGAACCCUGUUGUGUGACGUCAUUUUCGAAAAUUAAGGCCCGUCGUGUUCUUUCAGAUGUUUAGCAUCGAAUUCCACAUCUUGAAUCACGCGCUACAAAAAAAACGAAUAUUGGUGCCCGUUUAACGUCGGGUAGCCACAGGCCUCGCCCCGUCUUAAGUGGGACGUUCGUAACGGGAAUCUGACCUGGUGGGGUUAUGGACGAGCAGUCGUUAUCGCUGUCCGUCAAGCCGCAAACAACGAGGGGUUGGUGUUGGUGAACCUCUGCACUGCAUUCCCGCACGAUGCGAGUGCCUCCUGAAGUGAACGGAACAGCGAGAAAAACCUGCAGGAGCCACCAGGGGCCAUAGGUCCACGACUGACUCCUGUAACUCGGCUGGUCAUUCACAGACCUCGACUCCAAUCUCCCCCCCCCCCCCCCCCCCCCAUUGUUUGAAUUCGAUGAAAAUUAUAGCCGAUUUAACUCGUAACGACACACUCCCCCGUUCAUUUCCAUUUUUAAGACAUCCAUCGCCCUCCCAUUCCCCCCCGCCCCCGUAUGCGUGGUGAGAUUGUGUUGUACACAUCAACUGAUAAAACAGCUUUUAUAUAGAGUAGGUUUUUAAUUAUGGUUUGGAUUACGUGUAUUAUCAUUUGUCAGGAAAAGCACGGCAGCGGCAGCAGCGGCAGCAGCAGCCACGACUGCUGGUGGUAACGGAAAGUUCGCUGGGUGGGUGGCGACCGCGUGCGGCCUGGCGUGACGAGGCCUUCCCGUGAACGCGGAGCCUCUUGGUGUCUUGGAUGUUUAUUGCGGGAGUCCGGCCGGGGCUUUGGGCCACGUUGAGGGCAGUGACGGAGGAGGAGGAGAAGGGGGGGGGCGGCAUUGCAGCCUUCGUACCAGCUGAUCGGAAGCGGAGCCGUUCGUCCUUCGAGUAAACGUUCCCACGGGGGCCACAGCUGGCAACUGGCAUUUGAUGCUUGAGGCGUCCAUCUUAAAUCGUUUCUACAUUUCAGUCGGUGAGACGGUGUAAGAUGGCCCCCCCUCCCCCCACACAGCGGUGUUAUUAUCUGCCACUUGUACGGAAAAUAACUGCGAUUCCACCCGAGAAGAGCGACAAUACGUCACGGGUAGACAUCUCGUGGCGGCUCGAGUGAAGAGAGCAUUGGGCCCCACCCUCGGUUCAGUCCACAGAUGUGGCCCAAAGCCCCCCCCCCCCCCGUCUCCUGCAACCGUGUUUGACCUUGAUACUCCCACAGCUUAAAAAACUCAGUCGCUACUGGCAACGAAAACACAUUUUUUUAUGUUUUGUUUCUUUUAUAUGAUAUAAAGUCUCAGUACUUUUUUUUAAUCUCUUUAGAGUUUAAUAAUCGUGACCUUGUUUUGUUUUUCAUGUAAAACGUGAAAUUUGCAUACGGCAAAAAAAAUCAUUAUUUUGCACUAGUCAUCUUUGUAAUUUGCCAAACGAAAAAUUUUGCCAUCGAAUUUUUUUGUUAGGUCACAGUGUACCGACUUCUCUCAUUGGAUCGUAGGUGUCACUUGGUUCUCGGGACACACCUGGUCGCUGAAGCUGCCACGUUCACUGGCAGAAAAUGCAUUUCCAGGUGCUUUGUUAAUUUGACCUCUCCCCCUUUGAAUUCAAGUGCAGCCGUUUCUAAAUCGCAUUUUUAGAAAGUCGGGAGACAUUUUGAGGGAUAUUUUCCAGCCUGAGACUGACCACUUACGUCGCUCUGAUGGUGGCCCUGUGGAUAUAUCAUGCUGAGAAAUUCGCUUUUCCUCAAAACCAGCACACCUUGUGUCCAGAUUUCAAGCGCUUUGAAGUCAAUUUUUUUUACAUUAAAAAAAAUAUAUAUAAUAAACUGUCAAGGCGGUUUCUUUUUUAAGUGGCAUUUGUGGCAGCGGCACAAGUUAAACGUUAUUGUCAAUGAUGCAAGCUGCAGGCGUACAAAUAUCAUUUGUUAGCCGUCGUGUAGAGUUGGGUUGAUGAAAUACGGACAUCUCGUGAUAGACCGGCACAUGUUCCACUUAGCAGCAUCGUGCGUGAACUUUCAUCGCCGUGAGCAGUUUGGCGUGGAAGCCACAGUUCCCCAAGUCCCAAGGAUGCCCUGUCAUUUUUAACAGGGCAUCGUGUACAAAAUGCACCGCGGGCUCCAGAGUGAGUGAUACAAAGAAAAGACCCCGUUGCAAUAUUUGCAAGUCUGGUUUUCUCUUUUUUGUUGUUGUUGUCGUCGUCUUUCCUGGAGUCAUUAGUGCAACCUUGACCCGUAAAAUGUAACAGCGGCUGUACUCAAUCAAUAAACGAGACGGUUUAUCCUGCAUAAAUAAGUUUGAAAUCAACUUCAUUUAUGUAUAAAUAUGACCGAACUCAAGGCAGUUGGGCUGCUGAAGAUGAGACUCGUCAAGCAACAACAACCCAGCGUGCUACAACUCGUCUUAUUUGCGGAUGACUUGUGGACAUCCUUGAAUAACGACGAGAAUUUGCAUUGCUGGGGUCGGGGGGGCCCUUCUGUCGCAUCGCGCCACGACCAUUUCGGCGUCCUGCUGCAGCCCAGCCAAAGGGGACCCCCCCCUCCCCAGUGGCAGCUGCCUCUACGUGGCGCAAUGCGUACGCAGCAACGGCCUGCAAAUGGGCAUGAGCCUGCUGGUAGUGUGUGAUGUUGCCACGUGCUAUUACCCGAUUUAAAGUAACUUAAAGAAUACAUUUCCAAAUCUGCCAAAUUUGAACCGUGGCAUUGGCACGUAUGGCCUACUUCCGUUUCUCAUGGCUGCGGUGGUGAAGAUGCUAACUACCUCGCCUGGUAUACAGGAGGUCGUGUGCUGCCUGCUGUAUAUACAGGAGGUCAUGUGACACCUGCUGUAUAUACAGGAGUUGGUGUGACGUCUGCUGUAUAUUUGUAGUUUGUGUGGCUCUCUCCCCGUGGUCGUGUGGAUUUUUCUCCGGGUCCUCCGGUUUUUCCCUCCACGUUUAGAAUCAACAUCACCACGCGUUUACAGUGUUUGUCUGCUGCUAUAAAUGUCCACACGAUAAGCCACAACUUCGUUCAGCCGUCACUCGUGAUGGCCCAGGUCGCUUCUUAAAAAGAGCUACGUAGCUGAGAUGGGGCCUUGCCUGGUAAAAUAAAAAAAGAGUUCAGCUUUUUACGUGACAUCACGCGGGUUCGAUCCGCGACGAGAGCGGCGCGCGAGCUGCCACCACGUCCACGAUGGGCCCCGCCGCGGUGGGUCGUCCUCUCCCCGUCGUCCCCGACCCUGGCCAUCCCACCGCUGCGCGAGACGUCAACCAAACGCCGCGGGAGCGAUCGCCCCCCUCCCCCCCCCACACACACUCGCGCGUAGCCAUUUGUUCGCGAAGUUUUUUCGAAAGGGCUUUAAAACUUCCUGUUUGUCAUAUCUCAGGCCAGAGGGGAGCCCCGGCAAUUUUUGGGAUUUACACAUCACUCACGCACAUCACGCACACAUACACACGCACGCAUGUACACUAUUGCAUGGGGUGAUUUGUAUACAGCCUCCAGUUCAUCAUUCUCCACAAAGCCGAGCUGCUUGUUAUUUCGUGUGGCGGACUCGUAGGUGCCGUGCAUGCAAGGUUCUCGGUUGCAUUCUGCGCUUGUGCGGAGAUUCUCACUCUUGACAUUUUUCUUCAUUUUAAACAAUGUCCAUUAUUGUUUGGCAUGAGAAUGUCACCACGUGCCACCGCAGAUGUAACCGCAGUGACGCGGCCGACGCUGAGGGAUUUGCCGCUUGCAGCCGGCCUGCUGUACGCAAUAUCCCGGUUUCCAGAUGAAAGGAAUAAACACAGAUCCAUUGGCCAAUGCAGGUAACAAGAUUGGCAGUUUAAGAGGCUCAUAAAUGAGAAGCCGCGGUGUGGAGUGGUUUCACUGUGUGCGUCUAUCAUCUGAUGUGUAAUAGAAUGGCGAAAAUUACUUGGCGUGACCGUAUGGACAUUGAGAUUCUGGGUGGAACGGAAACAGGUUUGGCAGACGCAAACUUUAUCCGUUUCCCCCCACGCAUAUCGGCCACCGCUCUCCACGAGCUCGGCACCCUUGCACGGGAUGGAGAGACACGUGUGCUGUGCUGCGUGUUGUGUCUUGUGCUCACACUUCAGAAUCUUUAUUUACACUGGAGGAAUCCGGUGAGCUCUAAAGUUCUUUUCCCACAUGUCCAGUUUACAAGACCGCCGGUGACAGAUCCAACGGGGGGGUGGAGAAGAGAAAGUAGAAAUUUCAAGACACAGCCCAACCUAUUUGGGAUGUUUCUGCUGUGGCGGUUCACCUCCGAAACCUGCCGUGUAAGUCACCUGACCACAGUUGCAAGUCACGUGACCACGGUUACCCUGAAGGUUUUUGCUUUAUCACACGCAGUCAAGUCAGGGGUAGGGAAGCAGGACUGGGAUAGUGACAAUAAUUAAUAGCAGUGUUUAAAGACGGCGUGAGUAAUUGGCUCUCGAGGACUGUAUCCAUACACAAAUUAAACUGAGUCACCUUUGUCCACUCAACAUUAUACCGAUGGCUGCACCACAGCGAGUCGAUGGGCAGGGCGCGUGUGAUGGGGUCAAGUGCGGGUAACCCCCCACCGCUUUUCCGACAAACCUGGCCAGCAUGGAAGAGUAGGCCAAAUACCCUCUUAAAAGUUCCCUCCAGUAAAAGCCCUUCCAUCCAGCAUUGGCGUAAGCAAGUAAUUACAGGGCUGCAUGUUUAUUCCUUUUAAAGCCACACUGAAUCAGUGUUGUUUUAAUGUAAACAAUGCUAUAAGGGUAGUUAAAAAAAAUUGUCAUUUUUGCAAAAAAUAUAAAAAUUACACGUAAGUUUGAAAUAAGGCGGCAUCUCGCCUGCAACGGCGGUUUGCUCACCAAACCCGCUCGCUGCCCUGCAAGCGCCAGGCUCGCUGUGGCAAAGCUUCUCUCUCGACCCUGCGUGAGGCCACGCGUCUGUGAAUGUUGUUGGUAAUAUUAUAGUCGCAGUCCUGAGGGUGCGAAACCAGUUUCUGAUGUCGCCCUAAAAAACCUUGUCGACAUCGAAUAGCCAAGAGGUGGCCAGCAAUGACGACGUUGUAACUUCUCACCUUCCAGAAGGGCGAGAAAGCUGAAACUUGGCUUAACUAUAAUCAACUCUAUAUUGCUUAUAUAACUAUACAAAUAUCGAAAGCAACUUUUUAUUAUUGAAGUCGUGAAUUGUUUUCGGCCUUAUUUUAAACACACGUAUACAAUCCCCGUCGGUGAACCCACGUAAGUUCAAGUUCAUUGAUUAGGUAUAGCCCUGUGAGCCAUUCGGCUCUUGAAUCGGGUGCAACCGCAACAAACAAAAAACAAAAACAUGAACAAAAAAACCUCUUAAAGUGAAUAUGUGAGUGCAAACACAAAAUCCAAUUAAAGACAGCAAAAUAUUGCAGAAAAAACACCGCACACCAACGCUGUGUGCAAAAAUCCCAGUGGGAUGCAAGUCAAACAACAACAACCACAAGACAACUUAGAUUAAGGCCAUCAUCAGUCUAACUCUGUACUACAACAACACAAACAUGGCUAAACCAAUACACUUUUCGAAAUCACCAAGAUAAAGCCAUGAAAGCAAUGAAGCAGUGAUCAUAGGAACUGCGACGGGGUUUUCCAUCGUGAAGCUGUAGACACAAGUGUCUGCAGCAGAGCGGCCUGGCCAUUUCGAGUGCGGCACACACCACCAUGUAGAGCUUGGCUCAGCCGCAAUAAGCGAAAUAACCCCCAACUGUUACUCGAAUUGUGAUUGUGACGGUAUAAUUAAUCACACGUGGUCAAUCUUGUUUGAUCGAGGGAUUCAAACUCCGCAUCUGACCUUGGGUGAUGCAUCGUGAAAUUCGUAUUACACAGCCACCCUCACUGUGACAGUCCCUUAAUUUGAAUAAUGUGUCCAUGAUGUGUGCUGGUUUGGAGGGGUUUUUUCCCACUCAAGAAAACGUUACAAUUCCAUUCCACUUUUAACAAAUUCCCACCCACCCCCCUUCCCCCGCCACUCUUCCCACAAUCUGAACACUGGAGCUCGUGGAUUCUUUCGUAAACUCUUGAAAAAAUGUUUUUACAAACUUGUUGUAGUUGUUACCGUGCUACGCGAGGAAACGCGGACACACACAUGCACGCGCGCGUCGUGACGUGUAGAACAAAAUACAUAUUUUUUUGUAAGUUACGUUGAUUCUCUGCAGGGACGACCGUUGACGAGACGUUAGGAGAUUGUUCAUUUUCUUGCCUGGGGCUCUCUCGCUCUCUCUCUCACAUUAGCAGUAGCUCAUCUCAAUUGCACUCGCCUAAGCAAUGAAGAGUAGACGUGUGUACGAUACCGCUCGUUGUAGCUUUUUUGUUCCGUUUCUUUUAUUUUUUUACCUAUCUGUAUUCUGUCGUUAUGAGACUAAUAUGAAUGUAUGCAUGCGUACGAGGUUAUAUAACCACAUCGUGGAUUUCAGAUUCACCCUUCCAACCCUCUCUCACCCUCCCUUCCACCCCCCUUAUCCGCGUCCUGUUUGAACUUGAGCUGACCCACGCUGGUGAGGGUUUCGUUGCUGUUGGCCACUCUGCUGGGCACGACCAUUCACAAGAUGUGUGCUCCAGUCCUGAAUGGUCCCUUGUUGAUAAAAAAGAA